CGGGUUCAACCCCUGCCCACUUCCAUCCCCCGUCGUCCAGCGGGAGGUUUGGACUAGGAAGUAACUAUCUUCAACUCUGAAGGAACAUCCGAAACAUGUAAAACAAACAAAACAUACACUGAUGAUGCAGAGGCAGGGAGCAGUAGUGGUGUAGUUAAGUUGUAUUGGAUGUUACACUAACUUUGACGCCUGGCAGCAUCGCAGAGCUCAAGAAGGAGAUGUGGCUGCGGUGUGACUUAUUGUCAUACACACUAAUGUGGCAGCAACAGACAGGGAUGUAAUUUAAUACUUUUACAGAUUCUGCCACCAUCAUUGAGGGCUAUUUUUGGCAUGUGACGGACUUCCACUAUGACCACACUCUGGGUGACGAGAAGCUGUCUUGUAACAACAACGUCACUGAUAAUCUGCCACGCUAUGGAGACUAUUGGUGUGAUGCCACUUGGAAGCUGGUGGUCGACAGCAUCAACGCCAUGUCCAAGAUCAAGCCUGACGUGGACUUUCUUCUCUGGACAGGUGACAGUGUAGCCCACAUAACUGACAAACGGCUCAGCAAAGAUCUGAAUCUUGAGAUAGUAAAAAAUAUUACUGAUGUCCUGGCGGAAACAUUCAAAAACAUCAGAGUAUAUGCCACACUUGGGAAUCAUGACUUCUACCCCAGUGGACAAGCAAACCCCAAUGCUAGUGAUCCUUUCUACGCCAAUAUAACUGACAUGUGGCAAGACUGGAUCCUCAACCAGUCCAAUGCUAUUAAUGAGAGCAGACAAGGUGGUUUUUAUGCGGUGCGACUAAGUGCUAAAGUUCGUCUGCUGGCUCUAAACACCAACUUGUACUACACUAGUGAUAAACUAACCCCCAAUGUAAUGGACCCUGUUGGUCAGUUUGACUGGAUGCAGAAACAAUUACAGGAAGCUAAAAGUAAAGGAGAAAAGGUUAUUGUGACAGGUCAUGUUCCUCCAGGACUGUUCAUUCCUGAGUAUGCUGACUGGUUCUGGCCAGUGUUCAAGACCAAAUUUAUGGACAUAAUACUGAACUAUACAGACAUAAUAGUGGCUUUACACUUUGGACAUGAUCAUUAUAACAGCUUCAAGAUUUUACAAAGUGAUGAUGGCAUAAAGGCUGUGCCUCAAUUCAAUGCCCCUUCUGUGACACCUUGGAGGUACAAGAUACAAAUAAAUGGUAUGGAGAAGAUAGGCGAUGCUCACAAUCCAGGUCUCAGGCUCAUUAAAUACAACCGCACCAGUGGAGCCCAGCUAGAUUAUUCUCAGUACUACAUAAACAUCACAAAGGCCAAUGAUGCUGGUGCCACAGCAGACUGGGCAAUACUUUAUAACUUCACAUCUACCUAUGGAGUCUCAGACAUGAGUGUGGACUCAAUGAAAAGUAUUUUUAAGAAGAUGGAAGACAACGCUAGUCCACUCUACCAGAAGUUCUGCAACAACUGGGUGGUCAGUGACUCAGACAAGAGAUGCACUGAUGCCAUGAGGGCUGACAUUUACUGUGGUGGUCAGAUUUUCAUGUUGGAAAAGGCAAAACAAUGCAGUGAGGAAAGGCUUAAAGCUAUUAAUGUUAAACAGAAAGACAAUAAUGGCAUGACCUGCUUAUCAGGACAGUUUUUCAUUAUACUUCCAUUGCUAGUGAUAUCAUUGUCCCUUUGGCUUGAUUAGAAAUGAAAAAUGGCCCUUAAAAUUUAAUACUAAAACUAUAAAGGCAUCCACUCUGAUGAAAUUAGGAAAUUUAUCAUUUCUAUGUUUAUAAAAAAAGAAGGUUGUGGGUGAUGGAAGAAGUUUUAUAAUUAGAAUACUAAGUUUAAUUAAUAAUGUGAUUUGGACCUUCACUUUCCAAUGAGUGUUUACUAAAUGUAAUUAGCUUGGUUGUAGAUCUGACUGAAUCUUCAUUUGUACAGUAAGUACUUCCUGGACUUCCAUGUUAUUAAAAAUGUGUAAUGAUAACUUAAAAUUAAAUCUAAAUGAAUUUACUUAUUUACAGUAUAUAUUAGGCAACAGGAUAAUUUAAUUGAUGAGAGAUUUUAAGACUAAGACUGCUCUAUUGAUCCUUAUGGAAAUUUGUUGUGAUUACAAGGACUCUUUUUUCAUAUAAAGACAACACAACAGAAACAUUCACAUAAAUACAACAGACACUACAUAAAUAGUUUAUUGAGUGACUAGACACAGACAUCUUGGUCCUUUUUAUGUUUCCUGAUCAAUGAGUGGCAUUGAUAUAGUCUGACUGAGUAAGGAACAAACAAGUUUUUGUACCGCUUGGUUUAAUGUCUACAUUGACACAAGUCGCCCACUUUGCUACGACCUGACGUAGUUCUGAUGGAGCGUGUGGCUGUUGUCUUCCAAGAUUUUUUGAUUUUUCUUAGACAUUUUUGUUCAAAAAGUUCAUUUAAAUAUAAUAGUGUAGUGCAUUGAUUUUUAUGCUUUUUUAUAAUGUUAUCUAAGCAGCGCAACAGUUUAGAUGAAGCGUUGCCUUGCCAACAAGUUUCCAUAUGUUAUGAGAUUUUGCAUAGUCCCGUAGUAAAAAUUAUCUAAAGGAAAUGAAAUAUGUGCAGGUGGCAAGUGAGUGUGCAAAGUUUCAACUUGAUAUGAGAAUGAAUGUGUGAGAAAUAAUGUAUACAAACUUUUUGCCAGACAGAAAGACAGACGGACAGAGUGAAAUCCAUUUACAGAUAUCUAUCAUUCAUAAAGUUUCUGUAUUUAUACAUAAAAAAAAUUAGUUACAUUAAAUCUUUUGCUCAAUUUCAUGUUGGAUAAUUGGAUAAGGCAAAAGAAUGCAGUGAGGAAAAGCUUAAUGUUAUUCAAAAUACAAUAAUGCCAUGACUUUUACAUUUUAACCAUUUAUUAUAGUAAAUAAUAUUCUUCAAAAUGUUUUGGAAUAGAAUUAACAAUUUUAAACUGUUUGGUUAUUGAUGCUAACAAUAAACAUGUUUUUUUUUCUUUUUACCUGACUGUUAAUUAGUCCUUGAACAUUGAUUGAAGUUUUCCUGAUGUCUCUAAUAGGAAAAUCUGUUGUUUUCAGUGUUUUAUUCAACAACAAUUUCAUUAUGGUACAUCUCACUAUGGGUUUUUGUGUAAUGUAUUUAUAAAGUAGGUUUUUACCCAAUUGAUGGUUUUCAGUGAUUUGAAUUAUUGGGAAGUUAGCACUCAACAUUAUACAGUCUGAAUGUUCAAUAAAGGGAGACAAAUCCUAAUACUGUGUUCAUCUGUAAACAAUUAUUGGAAUUUCUUAAAUAUGUCUUUUGUUAUAUUUUAUUAUUAACUUGUACAAUAAAAAUUGCAGAUUUAAGUCUUUAA